AUGGAUCACAAAGCAUGGUGGGAAAUCAUUUGCUGCAACAAAGAGUAUGAAAAAGCCGAAGAAUUAGGAGUGUUUAUUCACCCAGAGAUUGAAAGGAAUGUUAUUGCAGGUAACGGAACUGUAGCCCUUGAGAUAUUAGAAGAUCUACCUGACGUAGAUACCGUUAUCGUACCAUAUGGUGGGGGUGCACUGACUUCGGGCAUCGGCACGGUGAUGAAGGCGUUGAAGCCUAAUGUUAAAGUGAUUACCAGCGAAGUGGAUACAUCGCCUCAGGUUUACGAAUGCCGAAAAGCUGGUAAAGCAGUGUCUUGUCGGUAUACAGCUAACUUCUGCGAUGGAAUUGGUGGCCGAGGAUGCCUCCCUCCAGUAUGGGCCGUUGCUAGCAAAGUGAUCGACGACACGAUCGUUUGUACAACACGGGAGAUUGCUGACGCCAUUAAAUUGCUAGCCGAGUCGAACCGAAUUGUAGCGGAGGGUGCCGGCGCGUCGUCUGUCGCCUCAGCCCUUUCAAGCAAACUGUCUGGUAAAAUCGCUUGUGUCAUAACUGGUGGAAACAUUGACACGAGUAAAUUGUUGCAAGCCUUGGCGGGUGAAAUCCCAACAUGA